GAGCGAAAGAAAGUGACGACGGGUUUCGCUCGCUCGGCGCGCAGCAGCCGCGGCCGCCGCAACAGCUGCGCUCGCACGGGCAGCGACCAGCGGCGGCCGAGAUCAUCGCCGCGUUUUUGAGAACGUGUGUUUGCUUCGUUCGGCUUUCGCGGAAACCAUCCAAGCGACCCGAUCCGUUUAGCGCUUACCGGUCGCCGGAAUCCAUCGUGCGGCGUCCACUCGCUCCGACAAGCGGCCAAUUGAAUCAACGAAUCUCCCCCACAAGACGAUCGUCUGCUUCAGACCCGUCGGCGAGUCGGCCCGUGCGUGUACCCUCGUGCACGGAGGCACGCACCUUGUGAUCAAACGAGGUGACUCGCAUCGAGAGAAAUUUGUGAGCGUGUAUGUGCGUGCGUGUGUGCGUGUAAGUGUCCGCCCCAAGGGAUAAAAGUGUUGCGCCGGCGUAGUAGAGCGAAGCUUGAAAAAGUGGCGACGACGACCGAAACCACGAGAGCGGGAAGUUGGCUUCGCCGCAUGUAUUCGUCUGGAGCAGACGAUAUUUAAAGAGACCCGAGUUGGCGAUGAAACGACCGCAACUACCGUCAGCACGCUACUUCUCCCAUCCAGUCCCUGGACUCCCUGAACGAGCAGAUCGUGCGCUACGUCCUGAGAUCGCCGGCAGGACCGGACGACAGCUUGGCCGGGGCACCUCAGCAGCGGCCUCAGCCAGAAGAACAGCCGCUGCAGGGAAAGAAGCAGCAGCCGCAGCGCCCCCUUCUGGGCGCCAACACGCACGAGGCGGGCGUCGGACGGGCAGGCGAGGCGACCGGGACGCUCGUCGGCGGCGGCCAUGAGCAGCAGGUGGCGCUGCAGUCCUCGAUGGCGCUCAUGCGCAGACUGCUGGUGGACGCCCAGGCCAAGUUCCGAAACAUGAUGGACGACAACAAGGCGCUCGCGUCUCGCAUCGACGGCGACCUGCAACAGGCUCAUCAAGAAGUGUCGCAGCUGCGUGCCGAGCUGCAGGACACCAACAGCCGCAUCUCCAGCAUGGCCGCCGCCGUGCAGAUACCGUCGGCGACGGCGGGAAGCCCGGCCUUCCUGUGUUCCAACGCCGGCUACGCGUCGCCGUCUCCUCUGUCCUCUUCUGGUGAACCCCCGCCGCCCCCGGCGCCGAUGUCGUCGUCGUGUCCGCCCAACAUUCCUCAGCAGAUCAUACCCAGUCUGCUGAAGUCCUGCCCUCGAUGUCAAGAGGGCCUGCUUGAAGACGGCUACCGAACGGCGGACUCGGAGCCCAAGGCCGCCGUCAGCGUGCAGACGGACGAGGUGACCACGACCACCGCUUCCGCGGCGAACGUGAACGGAGGCGUCCGCGACUCGGUCGAGGAGGACGACGGGGCGGCCGACUGUCUUCCGCUCGAGGAGCGCCUCCAGCGGCUGCAGGAGGACAAGCGGCAGCUCGCGCAGCACAACCUGAACCUGCAGAAGGAGCUGGACGAGCUCAGGGCAGCCCAGGCGAAGCAGAAGCUCUGCGCCCUGGAAGAGCACGACCGGAUGCAAGCGGAACUCAGCAGUGCCAGAGACGCCCUGUCAGCUCUGAAGCAGGACCGCAAGCGGCUGAAGGCGGAGAAGUUCGACCUGCUCAACCAGAUGAAGCAGCUCUACGGCACGCUGGAGGACAAGGAGAAGGAACUGCGGGACUUCAUACGCAACUACGAACAGCGAAUGCACGACAGCGACCACAGCCUCAAGCAGCUGGCGCAGGAGCGGGAGGAGUGCGACCGCGAGCGCUGGAACCUGCUGAAGCACGCCCGCGACGAGGCCGAGCGCAGCGUGGCCCUGCGAGCACAGCUGGGCAUCAAGGAGGCGCAGGUCAAGCAGCUCCAGGAACAACUGCAGCAGGUUCAGGAAAAGCUGACUUACCUGUCAGACGUGGAGAGCCUGCAGGGCGUCGCUGGAAGCAGCAAUGGCUUCCAGCAAGGCGCGCUGUCUCGACGAAGCUGCCGCAGUCCUGCUGUUGGAAGCGAGCCGCCCGUGGUCACCUUGGGAUACGACUCCAGCCCCAGCCACCACGCGGCGAGCAGCGGCAGCGGCGCCAUGGACAGCCCCAAGAAGUCGCCGGUGUCGGCGGCCUCGACCUCCGCGCUGCCGGGCCUCUCGCGAUCCGCCGAGGAGAUCUACCAGAGCAGCGGCUCGUCGGACGCGAGCACGCCCCGGGGCGCCCCCGGGAAGCCCAAGAAGCGCCGGGACGGCCGCUCGCCCUGGGGCUCCAUCUCCCGGGUGUUCCUCAGGGCGCGCCAGAGGAAAGCGCUCGAGCCGGCGCUGUACGGCACCACGACGGGCCCGGAGUCCUCGCCUCAGCACCACAGCCACCACCUGCAGCUCCAGCAGCAGCGCCAACGGUGCUCGUGGUCUCCGCAGGGUGGUGCUGGUCCCAGCCUGGGUGGUCCUCCGCUGCUGACGCAAGAGGAGGCGGCCGAGAAGCUCCGCCUUCUGGAAGAGGCCCAGGGGACGCCCAUGGAGCGCUGGAAGGCGCCCACGGUGCUCGCCUGGCUGGAGCUCGCGCUUGCCAUGCCUCAGUACGGGCCCAUGUGCGCCGAGAACGUCAAGAGCGGCAAGAUUUUGCUGGAGCUUUCCGACGCCGAGCUUGAAGCUGGGCUGGGCAUCACUAACGUCAUGCACAGGAGGAAGCUGCGUCUUGCCAUCGAGGAGCACCGAGAACCCUCUAUAUGCCCGUACCCCAAGAUGUGCCUGGUGACGCACACGUGGGUGUGCGGCGAGUGGCUGUCCAGCCUGGGGCUGUCCGCGCACGCGGACAACUUCCGCGCGCAGCUCGUGGACGGCCGAGUCCUGGACACUCUGAGUCGGCGGGACCUCGAGAAGCGCCUGGGGAUGGCGAACCGACACGAGCAGACGUCGCUCCUGCGCGGCGUCCAGCUCCUGCGCGCCCUGCGGUUCGACCUGCGCGCGCUGGCGCACAGGCGGGCGCACUGCCGGCACCUGGACGUGGACCCCCUGGUGUGGACCAACCAGCGAUUCAUCCAGUGGGCCCGCUCCAUCGACCUCGGGGAGUACGCGGAGAACCUGCGCGACAGCGGCGUGCACGGCGCCCUGGUGGUGCUGGAGCCUUCGUUCACGGCCGACACGAUGGCCCAGGCGCUGGGCAUUCCCGUCUCCAAGAACAUCAUCCGGCGGCACCUCACCACCGAGCUCGAGAACCUCGUGCAGCCGGCCAGGAUGUCCCUGGAGGCGGAGGCCGUGGUGGAGAGCAAACGUAGCGGCGAGCGGCUGUCCUCUGCGACGGGCUCCCUGGGCCGGAGCUUCGGCCGCUCCCGGGCACGCUCCUCCGAGAGGGGCGCCUCGGACAAGAGGCGCUCCAGCAUACGGGACUCCCUGGGCCGCGUGCUGGGCUUCAACUCGCUUCCGAAACCCAGCACGAGUGGUCUGGGCUCCUACAGCGUGACGACGACAUCGGUGGUAAUGUCGAAGCCUCCUCCGGCGCCGCGAGUCUUUCGACCCAGCACGCCUCAGCCGCAGCCACGACCGCCGCAACCGCAGCAGCACCGGCGGGUGUUCUCCCAAGGAACCAUCGAGACGCUCACUGUGACGCCGGUGUGAAGGACGUCCUCGCCGUGUGCACUGUGUUGUGACAAAAGACUCGCCAAGACGGGACUUGGGAGCGUAUUCAGGAAUGUAGUUACAUGUAGUGCUUAGAGUUCUCUGUAGAACAACUUCCUAUGCCUAUGCGGAGACGCGCGGCUCACGUCGUUCGCAAAUGCCUGCGAAGGAACGUGCACGAAAAGGACGCAGUCCAAUGCCAGCUGCGUUGUCGCCAGAAAAGAAAGUGAGGGGCUCGAAGAAGAGUGAACGCUGAAGGCAAGCACGAGACUAAAGUACUAUUCGAAGCAUUAGCCAUGAAGAUACAAGAUCAUUUAUGGAGUGUUUUCCUAGGAUCUAACGCAACAAAACGUUCGCCCUUAUUCCACGGUUCGUGUUGUGGGAUGUUUGACUGGAGGAAGGAAAUGCGAAUUUGAAAUAACGAAUGCGCUUUCUGCUGUUAUUUUCUUUUCUUAUUUUUUUUCUUCUCUUAUCCCGGAAGUUCAUGCUAAGCUUUCCAACUCAAAGUGGUGAAUUGUGAAGCUCGAAAAGCACAGCGAAAUACCUGCUUCUCGACAAAAAAAAAGCAAAAUGUGACAAUUGUGCCACACCGUUGCCAACGUCUCUAGCAUUUAUCACCUCGGGGAAAACGGCUGCGAAGAUUUCAGGGCAUCUGAGCGUUUGCGUCUUUACACCUCUGGGCCGGCCGGCCCAAUUGCACUCACACCCAUUAUUCAGCAUGCAUUUGGUAAAUUAAUCUCACAAAAGAAAACACCCUAUUAAGUACACUUGAACCGUCAGGUUUACAGUUACUGUUAUAGCAGACACGCCAGUUGUAGAGUGACACUCCGGGGAAGGUUUCAACUGCGGCUGCGGGCUGAGUCAGUGUCAUCACACUAUACAAACGUGUAGAAUCUAGUGUUGAAAGUAAUCAGUGCCACUUGUAAGCAGACGGAAGCUGCAAGGCCUCACCUCUGUCACGGGAAAAAAACGUUCGCGUAUGUCACAUGCUCAUGCGGUCUCCUCUACAAUGGACCACAGGGAAAACAUGUCGCUGGUAUGCCGAAAGUGAUAACAUCAUGUCUUCUAUAAUGUGGUCUUUGUUUUCCAAUGUUCCUGGGAAGAGACACGUUCUCAGUUGCCCUCAAACCGCAAAGAUAGUCACGCCUUCUUUGGCACUGAAGCCUGUGCUAAGUGCAAGGGCAAGCAGUCGCACUGCACCCGCAAAGAAGUGGGAGACGUCUGUCUUGCUCGUGACCUCUUUUUCUUUUACCAAGCUCGAAGGAGCCUAUCACAGAAAUAAUAGUACCCUUACUCAUAUCGAGGAGAUAAGUUGAGAAUGUCCCGCCUUUCAAAUCGACUUGUGUUCGUCGUGGAAAGGGAACAUAGAAAGCGAAACUAUUCCUCAGCGAGAAUACGGAGAAACGUACACCUGACGCACGCAUCGUGUUCUGGUUGUUGGGCCACGUCGUUGCCAAGAAGCCGGUCAACAUUGCCGUGACGUUUACUGAAAUGAUUUUCGUGCAUUUUCGCGUCGACGUGCAGGCUAGUUCGCGUCGCGGUUCCCAUUGGUUGUGAAAAAAAAGAAGAUACGAGAGGGGAACGAACGAGAACGUGUCCGGUGAAAAGUGUUGCGCUGUUUCCCAACGGAAAACUUCCUCGAGCCCGAGCGAGCGUCCACACCUUACCACCAAUUUCUUUCUUUCUUUUUUCCCCUUGCAUUUACGUGCAUCGAGGUCCACAUGUGUAUUCUAGCAUUCCCUGCGCGGCUAAGCGGAAGAAACCACGAGACACAGCUUCCCUUGGAACAUUGUUGCGACCUAUCUGGUGCACGUUGUGUGUGUGUGUGUGUAUUGCUCCUCUCUGUAGUGCGUGUGUACGCGUCUGUGGUGACGGAUCGCGAUUCUUGCUCAAGGUCGUCGGCGUCGCACGGAGCGGGACUCGUUUACGGACCUGGCACAAUGAAUUCCGACGUUCGUCAAAGUUCGGCGGCACACUCGAACUGUGCUGUCUCGCUGUCUUCUGUGGGUGGCAGUCUUCGAUGUCAAUAGUGUGUAUGUCAUACUUGCUGUUUAACUACUCUCGUGGAAGUGGAAAAAUGCUGCGUGUAAAACAUUGUUGUUUUUUGUUGCGUCAGUGCUCACUUGGAUGUGAACAUUCUACUGUGCGCUCAAAGAAACAAAGGGAGUGCUGUUAGCUCCUGUUGGUGGGUUAACUGGUCGUCCUAUAUUUACAACUGCGGUCUCCGAUAGUUGUCGUGCGCCCCCAAACCAGCGAAAACCCCUAACUCUAUAGACGGCAUUCAAACCUGAUAUAGGACAGAACCCAUCCGUGCUACGUACACCUGGGCUCACUACAUCCAUACACGCCGAUAUCCAUACGCCCCUCCCACCAGCAUUUCUCCUCGCCUCCGGGUGCCGUCAUACUGACAUACCAAUACACCAAAUAAUUUUUUUUUACCUUUUGGGGCUUAUUUUAUCACUAAAAAUUAACAUUCGACCGUGUCUCUUGUGAGCAUUUCCAACCAUUAACGCUCAGCGCCGGCUACAAUUCUGUCAAGAACGCCGUGUCAUGCUGAUACGCCAGUGGCGUUGUCUGAUGGUAGCUGGCGCGCAGUGUUAAAGAAAAGGCGGGCAUGAUGGAGGUCGAUUAUUGUUUUGGGGCAAUGCAAGCUCCAAUGGGUGCAAACUUUUCUGAGUGAACGAAAGCUGAUGGAAUGCGUCCAGGCCUGCUUGCGGAUCACGCCACUGAGCCCAUGGUCUGAAUGAGGCUUUCUCGACGCAUCAAUUGUUUAUGUUUAUCCCCUAAUGGAGCGCGUUAACUCUUCCAAUUAGGAACGUUCCCUCUGCUUGCGGCUAAGCUACGGGAACGUACUCCAUGCAGGAGUACGAGGGCUGUCCCAAAGAUAGACUUAAAUGUGAGACGAACACUUACCCCUGCAAAAGAGUGGCCUGCACUCCCGCCUUUCCCGACUCUACGCAAAUUUAACAAGUUUAAUGGAGUACUGACACAAAAAUUUUGAAUCUUGUCCUUUCUAACGUAACAAGAAACUAAUGACCCAGUAAUCACGGAAUGAAACAUAAUCUGCAUCAGCACUCGACGGGGAAUUAUUCGGAGUCUUGUUUGUAGCGACCAGUCCCAGCUUCAACUUCAGAUGGCAGCGAGAGGCGCAACUUCAUGGGAUGUUUUGUAAACACAGCUUGUACAUAGUGCGAUUGCACAAAUACUUAGAUGCGCACGAGCGGCGCGUGAGAUUCAUUAGAGAGUUUUAGUUUAGGGGACGCAAGCGGCUUGCGCACGCAAGAACUAGGGGGGCCUGUACUGCGCAUGCGCAGACGCUGACGUAGGGGCGUGCGCAUGCGUUGUACCGUCGCCCCUAUUUCUUGCGUACGCAAGCCGCUUGCGUCCCCUAAACUAAAACUCUCUAUUGUUGCCUAGUUGCGUUGCUCCGUCUGCGCGUACACACAGUGCCGCGCAACGUCCUCACCGUCGUCCUCAUUUUGUCCUCCAGAGGCGACGAUUUUCUGCCAUACUAAUUGUUGCCAUGUCGCCUUCAAACCAACCACCCUUCCCAUGCGACAAAUCUGCCGGAACUUGCUGCUUUGCUUUCAGCAGCUGCCGACAGGUGGCGAGACAAGUCUACACUAGCGCCGACAUUGCAACAGUUGGCUUCGUCGUAGACGAAGGCCCGAAUUCGCAUUAAAGGAAAAACAAAAGAAAACCGGCAAGUAGCAGCGCCAAAUGUUGUAUUGAACCAUCCUGACAAUAAAGUGCGAUCUUCCUGCACAUUUUCGAUAAAUACAAAACAGAGGUCAGCGUAGAAUCAUUUUUUUUUAUUUUCUUCUGCGCAUAUAAGUGAAAGACUUGUGAGUACGACGCGGCCAAGGGUGUGCCACGAGCGACAGUUGAGGAAGACUGGCAACGCAGCCUGCGUAGCGACUGUAGCGACACAGCACCGUAGUGAGUGUAAACCCGGUCCAGGGACGCGGGAAGCAAGAGCGCGGGCAACACGCUGUACUCGGUGCAUGGUAGGCAAAAUUGUCACAAGAACCCGUGACGUAGCAUUGGCUUAUGCCUCGAAUAUCUACAGGACAUCCCACAUUGAUGACCACGUAGGGGGAGCGCUGUACGUAGCGGUUGACUGGCCGCACGCACUUUAAAAUUGAAUGGAAAUGAGUUUCAAGCUACACUCGCACAUCGAUAUUUUGUAGAUGUGUGCGUGUCCGCGGAAACAGACAUCGCAAGUUAUUUCGACUUUCGAAAUUUUGUGUCAGUACUGCAUUAAGAGCAAAAUGAGUACCGGCAACUUGAGAGUUACACCUUGUCCUCGUACUCUCUGUUGUAGCCCGUUUACACCGUAUGCGCGCAAGCAGAGUAAACAUACUCUAUUCGGGGAAUACAGGAAACCACGGAAGGUGGAGUUAAAUAUGGCACUUUCGCGUAAUAGGAGUUAGCAGCACUGCGUAAUCUUAAGAGCGCUCUCCGAGUCGUUUGAGGCAGGUCAUUUAGUGUCAGUUUUCAGUUAUAGUAUUAAUUUUUUUUUUUCGCUGAGCAUGGUGUGAGAUGCUGGAUGCAUUCGUUCUUUCUUUUCUUUUUGCGAGAAGGGUGUUGUCUCAUCUUAUGUGUAAUUUAUGCUGCAUCGUCUUGUUUUGUGAGGUUUAAUUUUGGGCAUCUUUCUAGACAAAAACUGGCAAAUAGGGUGUAGUGCGUUUGGUUACAGCAUAAGACCAAAACAUGCAAAACCUAAAUUAGGAAAAUUGGGCAGCAGCACAUCUUUUUGUUGUUGUUGAGACACUGCAAUUCCGACAAAUUCUGGUGAAUCGUUCACCUAACGCUACCGAAAUCCAGAUAUAACAAUCUUAUUUCUGUACAAAACUUUGUGUUUUAUUUGCGUCAAUAUAAGUUGACGUCGUUAGCAUGCCUGUUAAUUACGCUCGUUCCGAGCGAUCUAGUAAACGCGAUGUCUGAUUUAAAAAUCUCUGAAUCACAAAGCACCACCUGCGCAACUGUUUGCCGGGAAUUGUGCUCAUUCUGAGUUAUUUGCCGACUGACGCUUAUAGGUUCUGGCGGCUUACAGUAACUUAGCAUCACGAUAAGCGCCGCUUCUUCAGAUAUAAAUUAUGCGUUAUAUAGAUACUAUACAUGUACAAAUAUAUAUUUAUAAAAAUACAAAUAUUAUUAAAAGCCAGAGGUGUAUGUAUUUUAUUAGUUCCCUUCUUUCUUUUUCUACCGUUUGCUGAAAUAUUGCAAUUAAUGAGUAGGUUUAAUUGAGUGAAAUAUAAUAUCAGCGAAAAAGGAAUCUCACUUAGACACCCGGCGUCUUCUGGUCAGUGAAAGACAAUUAGGUAAAUCACGUUUAUGUCAACACUUCAAUCUGUUGAUAGUUUAAUCUGUCUGCAUAUUGAGCUAUCCCGCCACGCCAAAAGAGACGACAUAUAACGUCAGCCGGGAGGUGUAUCUUCACGAAAGAUGGGAAAGCAUCGCAAAACAGAAAAGAAGGUCUGUAUCACGCGUAGCACAUGAGGCCAUCUACAACCGGCACUGCUAUUUUUCGCCAGUUGGCAGUUGUUGGCAAUGGCUGUUGUUCGAAUGCGCUCAUUCGCUCUGUAGACCACUCGAACAGUGACGUCAAUGUUUCACACUAGAUUCCUAAGUGAGACGGCAUCCGUUUGCAUGGCGCAUUAGAAAAGCGCCCUAAGGGGAUUCGAACUGUGAGUUCCGACUCACGUAGGCGGUUCUGCUAAGUAAUUCGUCAGUCAUAUAUUGUAGAUGUGUGCGCGAGAUAUGUAUGUACAGAAGGCAGCGGAAAUAAUUAUGAAACCAGCACGUGCACCGUGCCAAAAUGUAUAAAGGCUUCCGAUUACACCUGCAACGCAUAGAGUAUCAGUACGUUAAUUGUGCGCAGUGUGAAUGUUACUUCACGAGCAAGCUAGCGGCCUCGCACUGAAAGAACACACCGAUUAUUGUCCCUCGUAUGUGAUACCGAGCAAUGCACAUGUACGCGCCAUGGUUUCGUUGUCGUACGGUGGGGCUCGCUCGCCGUAGUCUACUUACACGACGUCGUUUAUAAGAAGGCGAGGUGACAGUUGUUAGUAUAAGAUAUUUGCUUAACUGCAGGUUCUGUUAUUGAUUUUGAAAAGCUGAGAGCAUUUCUGACUAGCAUUUAUACAGUUCCGCAUCGUCAUCUCGAAAGAGUUAAACGAGCUGAAGUAUUCGUGAUUUUGUGGAAAUAGUGUCCGUCGCAUGACGUUCGUGGACAACUAAUCUGCAUUUAAGUGCAAACUGCGGAAAGUGAGAGUACAUCUUAUGGAGAAAUCGGUCGAGCUAGAACUUGUGUAUUCCUGGAAUUUAGGCAUAGGACAUCUUUUUUUUUUUCUGUGUGUGACACAUGGAGCUUGAAUGCGUGGCUAUCGCUUGCAGUGUCUACAGAGCCUGUAUGCCAUGUCUACCGAGUGUUCUGCCGUAAGGCUUCUGUGUCGUAUCUAUGUGCGCGUGGUGAUGGUGAAUCAGAAUGUCAUUCCGGCGUCGACGAAAAAGCGCAGGGGCCUUGUUUUGGUAGCAGAAAUGCCGCCUUUAAAGCUGUGCUAGCUGUUUUCAAUCUUCUUUAGAGCGCAAUAUUAGGAGCCCGUUGCUGCGGCGAUCGUCGGCGUUCCCGGCGUGACCGUGCGAACGAGAACAGGGACAGACGGCAGAUGAAGAAAAGCGGUGAGAGAGAAUAGGCGCGAAGUGGAAAGGGAAGAGGAGGGUGAAGCGGAACCAGGAGGCGGAAAGCGGAGGAGGGCAUGGCGAAAGCGUGAGAAGAAAAGCGUAGUGCGGCGACGGCGGCUACGAGAUGGCGCCAGAGUAGCGCGCGCCGUCUGGGAGGUUUGUCAGCGGCGGCUUCUGUGAAUCGCGCCCACGCGUCACCCACGCGCUGGCCUCACGCGCUGGCUCUCGCGAGCUCCAGAUCAGCGAUGCAGUGACGUCACAUUUCGCUCCGUUUGCAACGUCCCGCACGAGACCGGUUGUCCACGCCAGGCAUCGGGAAAUGAAAACACGUGUAGAGCUGCACCCAAAUUUGUCAUUAGGGAGCAUAGCAGUCGUCGGUAAAUUUUUUUCUGCUACAACAAAAUUACCUAUCUGUAAUUGUUUAGUACAUGCGUUGUUUUGCAUGGUGUGCAAAAGUGCUCGGCUCAUACUGUUUUUUUUUUCGUUGAGGCAGCUGGGAAAGUGAUCCGCACUUUGAAUCAAAUCUUUACACUAUGCCACGAAUUCAUAGGGAAAGAACAUCUCACGCUAUGUGUUCUUUUCCGAGCAGUAACAGCAUCAAUUAACAGUGCCGGCGUAUUGUCUUCGUCUAUAUCCAGGUUCUUGAUCCGCCUUCAUACUAUAGCAAGUGCCGCACCCUCGGCUCGAAAAAACGUCAAAGUCAAUAACGUUGCAAAAACAGCAAUGCAUGAGUCGUAAAUAUAUAUCAGUCGUAGAACUUUCCUUCGUGCACCCUCCCUCACUGCCCGAUUUCACCACCCAUUUAAAACUGUGAACAAAAGAGAAAAAAACAACAACCGUAUAUGCGGUUUGUUCAUUACGCAAAAUUGCUGACUUGCUUUGGGAAAUCAAAACCACGAGCGCAAAAAAUGCUCCAAUGUGUCGAGGAGUCUCUCUGAAGCUCGUCUUUAUUUUAUUUUAACCAAUGUAGUUGCGUGAAGUACUGCAAGCGUUGUGCUGGUUUUAGUCGAUGUUCCCGUGGGAGAACUAGCUGCAGCAGCUGGAUAAAUGCGGGGACCCGAUUAAGCGUGCUAGAUCUUGUUUGAGUAAUGCAAAAGGUCUGAUCUCCAAGCGCGAACUGUAGGCGUGAUCUUACUAUACUGGCUUCACGCAUACGCAUUAAGCGCGAGCCAGCUGCGAUUCCUCGGACAGGGAACACUUAUAAUGACUUUCGUGUAGCGGUUGUCCAAGCUAACGAUAUUAGCGGUUCGAUUAUACAGCUUUUGUUUACGAAAAAGUUGUCCAACAUUUCUCUUAGCAGAAAGGACUCGAUAGUCUCAUAAGCUUGGAAAAAAAAACGUCGUGUCCUUCUAAGGGAUACCAUCGCGUCCGAGUCCUUCAACGGCCUGGAAUUGUGUCCACUAACAACUCCGAUAUGACGAGUCUUCUUCCCUGCCGCGGACCGCAGGAUUGACACACGUGUUUCAUCUUUGGAUGAUGCUCUUGCUGUGUGUAUUGUUGACACGGGUGCAGAUGUAUUCUAUGUAUACAUGUACGUAAACGUGCAUAUCAGCCUGACCACCGGAGCACGCGUUCAGUACGGUUGUAUACCACUUGUUGGCUCUCGUGGGUCGUAUGUUGACUGUUGAAAGGAUUAAUGUAGGCAGUGAGAAACAGUGCCCAGAUGCCCGGUGCUAUGCAUACCAAUUAAAAAAAAAAAGAAGAACCUGUAUACGAGUUGUGUUUCGGAACACCUUUCGCCGCGCGAGUGGCGCGGAAUAAAUGUGUUGAAGCGUC